GCAGGAAAUAUUCCAUGCCGGAAGCACAGCAGAGUUGCUAACAAUUGAAUUGAUACCACUCCGACCAUAGCUUUUGGAGGUUUAGGGCCAUACAAGUCUCUGGAUAUCCGAAUUCAUCGAUCCACGUACAUCAUUUACUCCUUGAUGUUGGUUACGCUUACGGCCAUUCAUAACAGCCACGCUGGUGGAGCCGUCGCCGCUAUGGCUGAUGCUUCUCCGGUGAAUUCCUCAAUGGAAUCAUGUUCCAGAAUUGUCGCUGCGGAAUCUCCGAUUCUCAUAUUUGUCUUCUUUCACAAGGCUAUACGUGCUGAGCUUGAUCACUUCCAUCGCGACGCUAUUGAAUUCGCUACCAACCAGCAAAGUGGUGGCGAUAUUGGACCGUUGUUGCAGCGCUAUCACUUCCUUCGAGCUGUUUAUAAGCAUCACUGUAACGCCGAGGACGAGGUCAUCUUCCCGGCUUUAGAUCUGCGAGUGAAAAAUGUGGCAAGUACUUAUUUCCUUGAACAUGAAGGGGAGAGUGUUCUGUUUUGUCAAUUGCUGGAGCUUCUGAAUUCUAAUGCGUUGGAGGAAGGGAGCUAUAAGAGGGAGCUGUCAUCUUGUGUCAGGGCUCUUCAGAUAUCAAUAUGCCAGCAUAUGUUCAAGGAAGAGGAACAGGUGUUCCCGUUACUUACAGAGAAGUUUUCUUUUGAAGAACAGGCAUCAUUAGUAUGGAAAUUUCUUUGUAGUAUACCUAUUCAUAUGCUGGAAGUCUUUCUUCCCUGGCUUUCUUCCUCUAUUUCUCCGGAUGAGCUUCAGAUUAUGUGCAAAUGCUUGAGCAAAAUUAUCCCAGAGCAAAAGCUUCUUCAGAAGAUAAUAUUUUCCUGGAUGGAGGAUGCAAGAACGACUCGUGCCAAUCAAAGUUUGUACGACGAAAAUUUAGACUUUCAAUGUCUGGGUUCUCAGGUUCAUGAUCUUAUAUGUAGACCAGAGAAGGGGAAUGACAUUUCUGAAUCAGCUAGAAUUGGUAAAAGGAAAUACAUGGAGCAAAGUAAUUUUACCUAUUCUACUGUUUCAAUUGCUUGCCCCAUCAAUGAAAUAUUAUAUUGGCAUAAUGCUAUAAGAAAAGAACUAAAUAGCAUAGCUGAGGCAGCUAGGGACCUACCAUUGUCUUCUGAUUUUUCUGAGUUGUCUGCACUAAAGGAGAGGCUGCAGUUUAUUGCAGAAGUCUGCAUCUUCCACUGCAUUGCUGAGGAUAAAGUUAUAUUUCCUGCUGUAGAUGCUGAAUUAUCUUUUGCUGAUAAGCAUGCAGAAGAAGAAAUUCAAUUUGAUAAGCUUAGGCACUUGAUAGAGAGUAUCCAAGCUGAUAGAGCUAAAUAUUCUUCUGCUGAAAUUCAUAAAAAGUUAAGUUCUCAUGCUGAUCAAAUUAUCAAGACCAUCCAGAAGCACUUCCAUGAUGAGGAGUUGCAUGUUCUUCCACUUGCUCGGAAGCAUUUUGGACCCCAGAGGCAGCGAGAACUUCUGUAUCACAGCUUAUGCAUAAUGCCCUUGAAAUGGAUAGAGCGUGUCUUACCUUGGUUGGUAGAAACACUUACUGAAGAAGAAGCAAGAUCCUUUCUUCAGAAUAUGCAAAUGGCAGCUCCAAAGUCGGAUCAUGCGCUUGUUACACUAUUUUCUGGUUGGGCAUGCAAAGGUCAUCCCAGGAGCCUUUGUUUUUCUGGAAGUGAUCUUAGCCAUUGUGCUGAACGGAUAUCGACUGGAAAUGAAGAAUCAUGCUCCUCCUUUUCUUCUGCCAGUGAAAAACCUUCUUGCAUUCAGGCAACUGAGUGUGCCAGGCCAUCCAAAUGUGAGAAGGAAGUAUGCCAUGGAGACUUAAAUGGCCGUCUUCCUUUGAAAAGCCCAAGCAAAAAACGUCAGUUCACUCGCUCGAAAAAAUCUGCUUGUGUCCCUGGGUUAGGAGUGGAUGACAAUAAUUUAGGAAUGAGAUCUCUGGCAGCAGCAAAAUCAUUGCGUUCUUUGUGUUUUGGUCCCUAUGCUCCUUCUCUCAACUCCAGUCUUUUUAGUCUGGAGAAUGAUCCAAUCUCCUGUGGCAGUGGUUCUAAGUCACGACCUAUUGAUAACAUAUUUAAAUUUCAUAAAGCAAUAAGCAAAGACUUGGAGUUUUUGGAUAAUGAAUCUGUGAAUCUCGGUGACUGCAAUGAUACAUUCUUUAGGAAAUUUUGCGGUAGGUUUCAUCUGUUGUGGGGUUUAUAUAAAGCUCAUAGUAAUGCAGAGGACGAUAUAGUAUUUCCUGCAUUAGAAUCAAAAGAAACUCUUCAUAAUGUGAGUCACUCUUAUACAUUAGACCACAAACAGGAGGAAGAGCUAUUUGAAGGUAUUUCUACUGCACUUUCCAAGCUUACAAACGUUCGCAGAGACUUGAAUGGUAAGAAAAACUGUAACGAUUCAAAUUGGAUCAUGCCUCAUACCUCUGAUAUCAAUGAUACUAUGAGAAUGAAUAUUGAGCUGGCAACAAAGCUCCAGGGCAUGUGUAGAUCAAUUAGAGUGACACUUGACCAACAUAUUUUCCGUGAGGAAUCGGAGUUGUUACCGUUGUUCCAUACAUAUUUUUCUGUGGAAGAACAGGAUAAAAUUGUUGGUAGAAUAAUUGGUACUACAGGUGCUGAGGUCCUUCAAUCAAUGUUGCCUUGGGUAACUUCUGCACUUACUCAGGAGGAGCAGAAUAAGAUGAUGGAUACAUUGAAGCAGGCAACCAGAAAUACAAUGUUUAGUGACUGGCUAAAUGAAUGGUGGGAAGGCCCUGCUACAUCUCCACAUUAUAUGGAAUCUGUCAGUCAUGUAUCUGGAGGUUCUGAUUCCCAUGGCAACUGUGACCAUAAAAAUGAUUCGGUUUUCAAGCCUGGAUGGAAAGAGAUUUUUAGGAUGAAUGAAAAUGAACUUGAAUCAGAAAUAAGAAACGUUGCCCGGGAUUCAACCAUUGACCCUAGGAGAAAAGAUUAUCUGAUUCAGAACUUGAUCACCAGUCGCUGGAUAGCUUCUCAGCAGAUGCUACCCCAAGCAACUGCAGGUGAAAACUCAGAUGCAAAAGAACUGAUUGCAUGUGCUCCAUCAUUUCGUGAUCCCGAGAAACAGAUUUUCGGGUGUGAGCAUUAUAAAAGAAACUGUAAGCUUCUUGCAACUUGUUGUGGCAAGUUGUUCACUUGUAGUUUCUGUCAUGAUAAAGUCAGUGAUCAUUCGAUGGACAGGAAGGCUUCAACUGAAAUGAUGUGUAUGCGCUGCCUCAAAGUUCAGCCUACUGCAUCUGUUUGCUCAACACCAGCCUGUGGUGGUCUCUCUAUGGCAAAGUUCUACUGUAGUAUUUGCAAACUUUUUGACGAUGAAAGGGAAGUCUAUCAUUGUCCCUUCUGCAAUUUAUGUCGUCUUGGGAAGGGACUCGGUACUGAUUUUUUUCAUUGUAUGACGUGCAACUGUUGUUUGGCAAUGAAAUUAGUUGAUCACAAGUGCCAUGAGAGGGGCCUAGAAACAAACUGCCCUAUUUGCUGUGAUUUUUUGUUCACGUCUAGUGAAAGUGUUAGAGCUCUCCCUUGUGGCCAUUUCAUGCAUUCAGCUUGUUUCCAGGCUUACACUUGUAGCCACUACAUAUGUCCAAUAUGUAGCAAGUCCUUGGGAGAUAUGACGGUAUACUUCGGCAUGCUUGACGCAUUACUGGCAUUGGAGGUACUCCCUGAAGAAUACAUGGAACGCUGUCAGGACAUAUUGUGCAAUGACUGCUCCAAGAAGGGGAAAGCGCGCUUCCACUGGCUGUACCAUAAAUGUGGGAAUUGUGGAUCUUACAAUACCAAGGUGAUUAAGGUUAGUUCAAGCUCCGCACAGCAAUGAACUAGUAAGCUUCAGUGCCUCUUGCUCGUUUGUUUAAGUGUGCCCUUGUGGCAUGGCAUGGCAACAGUAGAAGAACAGCAUUUUGUAUGGUUUUCAUAAUGGAAAAUGGACAGAUAAGUGUAAAUUAAGGGAAUUCAGGAGCUUGAUGAUUGAUCUAAUCUAACAGAGUUAUUUAGUGUUGUUGAGAGGUGGAAAAUGAAAGGAUCCAAGGACUUAUGUUUGAGAGUGAAAUGGGUAAAUGUAUAUUUUUGGUUCUAAUUCAUGCAACUAAUUUCUUAUAAUCAGAAACAGAAUUCUUGCCUUUUUUCUCUUAA